AAUUCCAGUCUGUGUGUUUCACCACUGCGGUGUGUUUAUGUGCUUUACUCUGACACUCAGAGACUAGAACAUGCAGUUCAGUUAGUUUACUUUCCUCAGCUCUGACAGCAGCCUGGAGUCAGAACAAUGUCUGGAAGUAUCAGAACCUUCUCCAUAAACUAUGACCCGGUUAACGACAGCAACACGUUCACCAGCGGCGACACUCUGCAGGGGAGAGUUGUUCUGGAAGUCAGCAAAGAGGUGAAGAUUGAUAAACUCUAUUUAAAGUGUAAAGGAGACGCCAAUGUCCACUGGACUGAGUCGAACAGCGGCGAUAACUCAGACGACUCCUACAGCGCUCAUGAGAGAUACUUCAAAUUCAAACAAAUCUUCAUUUGGGACAAAUCCAAGAUGGGACAAAAUGAUGCCACGCUUGUGACAAAUGGGGAGACAUACAAGAAUUUGGUUACGCCAGGAUACCAUACCUUUCCGUUUUCAUUUCAGCUUCCUCAUGGGAACACACCAUCAUCUUUUAAAGGAUCCCACGGAUCAAUUACAUAUGUUCUUCAGGCCAAACUGAGUAGAUCAUGGAAGCUCCCUCAAAAUGUAAUGAAGGAAUUCACCUUUGUGUCAAACGUUCAUGGAAACGGUGCUCAUUUACUGAGACCACUUUCGGGGUCCGUAGACAAAAAGAUGAAACUUUUCACCUCUGGAAGUGUCUCAGUCAGAGCAUCUACUGACAAAGAGGGCUACAUGCAAGGUGAGAGAAUCAAGGUUGAAACCUAUAUUGAAAACUCUUCAUCUCGUGCUCUCAAGCUCAAAUUUAAACUUGAACAAAAACAGACGUUCUUCGCCCAAUCUCGAAAGAACUAUGCAACAAAAGUAAUUUUCAAAGCUGUGGAAGAUCCCAUUCCAUCCAGAGCCAAAAAAACAUUCACCAGUAGGCUGAAAAUCCCUUCUAACUUGGACCCAACCAUCACAGACUGCAAUAUUAUUAAAGUGGAGUACACUCUCAAGGUGUACGUGGAUGUUCCCUACGCUAGAGAUCCAGAGAUUAUAUUUCCAGUGGUCAUUAUCCCAGCAGGCCAGUACUGCAUUCCACAGCAAAACCAAGUAGAUUCCCAAGUCAGUCAGAACACACGUGAACCAAUAUGGAUGGGUUCUACAUUCCAACCUGCACUUGUUCCCUUCCCCCAUGUUCCUGCUGCUACUGCUUUUGCACCAGCUCCAAAUCUAUACCCAAGUGUAUACACUCAGCCAGCCAAUCCAGUAGAACCACCACCUUCCUAUACCGACAUAUUUCCAAACUCAGAUCCAUCAGCAUCAGGAUUCAACCCAUCUUUAUCACCCUUUCAUCAUCCACCAUAUACUACUAUGGAUUCUUCACCUGCUGCUCAUCAACAUAGACCAGAGUGGCCAAGCACCUCAGGAUACUGGCAAAGUCCAGCAAAUCCAGAGUUUUAUCCUACUAAAUAGACUGCAUUCACCACCAUCACCAUUUUCAGUGCAAUACAAAUUGAUAUUGAAGCAAACUGUCAUGGUGAAUACGUGAGUGCUUUUUGGGUACGUCAAGUGAAAAUGUUUACUACUGUUCCCAGUUACUUUGUUUAUAUUUUUAUGCGUUUGUAAUACUGUAUAUAUUUUAUCAUUCAGAGAACUAUAUUUUUUUGUGAUCAACAUUUUAUUUAACUUUAUAAACCAAAAUCAAAUAUAGACAUACAGUGUAUAUACAUAUGUGUGUGCCAAAAUAAAAGCAGAUGAAAAUAACAGAGAGAAAAAGAUAAUAAUAGUCUAACGUAUGUACAAUCUGUUGGGAGAUAAAUAAUGCUGCUACUAGUCACACUUUCUGUACUUGUAGUAAUAGGUUAGCUACACAUACAAUCAGUCAGAUUCUCCAUCUAUAUUGAUUAAUGUUUAAGAAGAUCAAUUAUGGUUUUGCAUGAUCCCAAGUUUAAAUUGUAGUGAUUUUAGCCUUCUUAAUUAAAACAGUUGUUUGUUCAAGAUGGCGAUAUCUAUUAAAUAGGAUAACCACAGAUGUUUUGAGAGACGUUUAGGUGGGAGCCAUGAGCAAACUUUAGCUUUCUUUGCCACUGUUACCCAAGAAAAUGGAACCUUUCUUUGGUAUGACUGUAAUGGAACUGUAAAGUGACCAUUGAGGAGAAAUAAAGAUGAGUUGGCCUCCACUAUUAAGCACAAUAUAUAUAUGUUAAAUCUUUAGAGACUUGAAUCCAAAAACUGGAGAUAACUGGACAUUCCCAAAAUAUAUGCAUGUAGGUGCCCUCUUCUCCAUUAUGACAUCUAUUACAUAUGGGUGUGGGGAUAAGCUUUAUUUUAAAUCAUCUUAAAGGCAUGCAAUAUAUUCUAAGAAUCAGUUUAUUAUUUAUCAUUUGAUGGGCUGGGUUCCUUGAAGUUGCAAUGGUGUUUGCCCCAAUUGUGUCCUGGUCUUGUCAAAACCUGCUUUCUCCAUUUCAUGAUUCCAUACCUCAGUAAUUCCAAUGGUACUAUAUGUGGCAUUGACUAAAGAGUUAUAAAUUAUAGAAACCAUACCAAUUUUUAUGUUGGUCGAUACAACCUACCAUGGGGUGUGAUGUUACUGUCCUAUGGGACUCCAUAAGCUGCAAUCAAAGCUGCAAAUACAAAAACCAUGAGAAUCCAGGAAGGUCAUAGAAAUGUUUUAAGAUUUUGCAUCAUCAUAUAGUGUAUAUCUCCCAAUAUGUGAAUACCUUUAUCUGCCCAUAUUGUGUAUCUGAAAGGCUUUGUUCCUUUCAGCAAAAUAUAAUUCUAGGAGAUAAAUAAAAUAGGAGAUUGCUUGCAGGCUUUGGAAUGAAAACUUAUCUGAUUUUCUGCCAGAUAAGAACAUCUUGUAACCUAUGAGGUGUUACUAGUGCUUCUUCUAUUUAUCCAUAUACUUAGGGUUUUAAUUAGAAAAGAAAGAUAACAUGAAUUGAAAUCUCCAAGUGACAAACCUCUUCAAUUGAAUUUGUGGGUUUUUACAAUUCCAAAUAAAUUUGAGGGAAUAACUGAAAGAUUGAGGGAUAACUAAAACUAGAAAGAAGUAUAUCAUCUGCAUAUAGUGAUAUUUUAUGUUGCGUAUUAUUUAUUAUUAUAGGUGAUAUUAAGUGGCCCUGCCUAAUUCUAUGUGCUAGGGGUUCUAAGGACAAUGCAAACAGAAUUGGUAAUAGAGGGCAUCCUUGACGGGACCCUCGUUUAAGUAGAAAUGGUUCUGAGAUUAUAUUGCCUGUUUUUUGUUUUUUUUUUGCUUGGGCAUUACAAUGUAAAGCCAUUAGAAUGGCAUUAAUUGUUUGGAGGAAUCCAUAUCCAAAGCCAGAUUUCUUAAGUAAAGUCCACAAUUAGUUCCAUUCAAGCGUAUCACAGGUCUUCUCAGGAUCUGAGCUAAAAAGUGCAGCUGCAGUGGUAGAAUACUCUGAAAUGUCAUAUGCCUUGCAGCUUUUUAUGUCUGGUGACUUUUUUUUUUUUUUUUUGUCCCAGUUCAUACACCCACUUGCCUUCUUCCUCUGGUUAAGCAAUAACAUGAUAGGCACUUAUAUUUUAUGAUGCAGCACUUGCCUGUCACAUGUUUGACACUAAAACCUCUGUGAACAUGUACAAUUAUCAAUAAAAAAAAAUCCAGUGAGAAUUUUCUCUCUUUGA